UGAGUGGCUUUAGAGCUCGAAAGACUUCUUAUUCUUCACUCAAUGUGGAUCUGAUUUGUGACGUUAAAGAUAAUGAAAUUAACUAUUUUGCUCGCUGUGGCCGUCAUCGCUCAGCAAACUUAUUGCGAUGAGCCUGAACGGAUCGUUGGUGGUGACAUAGCCACAAUCGGUCAAUUUCCGUAUCAAGUCUCCCUUCAAUCUUACAAUGAACACAUUUGUGGAGGUAGUAUUAUUAGUAGUACACACAUCCUCACUGCAGCUCAUUGCGUAGAUGACAAUUUCUACACAGAUGACAUGGUUGUCGUAAGCGGAAUCAUCAAUCUAGCAGCGAACAGCGAAAAGCACGACAUCAAAUGCAUUCGAAUACAUCCAAGCUAUACUGGUGAACAAGAGAGUGGCUGGAAGGAUGAUAUCGCUGUGAUCACUUUGAAAAAGCCAAUCAAGUUCAACGACGUGCAAGGCCCAGUUUCAUUAGCAAGUGAAGAUCAUAUUAACGGCGGUAAACGUGGCAUCGUAAGCGGAUGGGGAAAAACUAAAAUAAACGGACCGACUUCGCCAAUGCUUCAAUGGCUUAGCGUGAACGUCUUGACCCAAGAGCGCUGCUUACGUGGUCAUACAAAUCCACGCACCAACAAAAAUCAAAUAUGUACGUUGGAAAGAGUUGGAAAGGGUGCCUGCCAGGGUGAUAGUGGUGGUCCUCUCGUCGUUGAUAACGAACUCGUUGGCGUUGUCUCUUGGGUCUUUCCCUGCGCUUUGGGAAUAUCUGACGUAUAUACUAAUGUUUACAAGUAUCUCGAUUUUAUCAAAGAAUCUCAGUCAAUGUGCUAAUAAUCUGUACCUUAAUAUUAUCUCUUUUUCAAAUAUUAAUGUUCUCUAAUUUUAUAAAUAAAAUAACAUUUUAUAGAGAGCAAACUCGAAUAAAUUAUGUUACAGUUUUCAUAAUAAAAUAAAAAUUAUACUACAGUUCAACAAAA